UAUAGCUAUAUAUCACUCAGGUGGGCGGCAUAGAUGAGUUUAUAUAAAGUUGGCCAUGCCGCGUAGAUCCUGAUAUGAUGUGAGGUACACCUAUAUAUCUCUUCUCACGUCGUCGAAGAUCGUCACAGAGCCGCAACGCAACCCCUUUUCGUCGUUACCACAACUUGAGACCUAUCUACCCACCCACCUAUCCAACAGACAAGACGUGCUCGAAAUCAUGGGUCUCAACGGAAACCGCCUCCUACUGGCUCUCCUCGCCGCCGCAGCGCCCGCCACCCCCGCGACAAUCCACCUCUGCGGCGACUCCACUAUGGCCAAAGGCGGCGGCGGCUCGGGCAUCCCCACGGAAGGCUGGGGCGAGUAUCUCAAGUACAGCUUCGGCUCGGACUUCACGGUGCACAACGCGGCGAUCGGCGGGCGCAGCGCGCGCUCCUACACGCGCGAGGGCCGGUUCACGGAUGUGGCUAACGUGGUGCAGCCGGGCGACUGGGUUGUGGUCGAGUUCGGGCACAACGAUGGCGGCAGCCUGGCCAACGACAACGGGCGCACGGACUGCAGCGGCGGCGGCGACGAGACCUGCGAGACGACGUACAACGGCGUCAAGGAGACGGUGCUGACCUACCCGGCGUACUACAAGAAUGCGGCGAAGCUGUUCUUGUCGAAGGGCGCGAAGGUUAUCCUCAACUCACCUACGCCGAACAAUAUCUGCGAGAGCGGCACUUGUGUGGACGAUGUGGCGAGGUUUGAUUACUAUGCUUGGAACGCGGCCGCCGAACUCGCCAGCCCGGACGUCUACCACGUCCCGCACAAGCAGUACGCCGUGCAAGCGAUGAAGAACCUCGGCCCCGCCAAGGUCAACGCGAACUACCCCAAGGACCACACGCACACCGGCGCGUACAUGGCCGACGUCAUGGCGGGAAGCUUCGUGCUGGGUCUCAAGUGCGGGACCACGGCGUUGGGCAAGGCGGCCAAGAACUCGACGGAGAGCCUCACAUCGACGUUCUAUGGCGCUUGCAUACCGCAGAACAGCACUGUUCCUAUUUAGGGCUGUAGGUAGGUGUGUAUAUAGCUGCACUUACGUUAGGCCUACUUGCCUUGGAACAUUGUUAAAAAUAUAGGAUUGGUAAUCUUGAGUUUCAGGUCCAGUGUGAUGACUCGGCAAUGUGUAAAACUGAAUGUGACUGAGGUCAAGGUAACUGCUCUUGUAUGAUCUGUUGCACUUGUAUGGCCAUAGAUACGGGCUGAGAAAUUAUGGAUGUGUCUAACCUAGGCACCUACUCAUACCGUAAAUCUCGGACUUCAUUUUAGGUUUCUAUAUCAACUAGGUAAUCGACGCUUACAUAGGCCUUGGCUUUUGCGAGUCUUGUAAAGGGGGGG